AUGAAGCCUCGAUCCAUACUCAAGUUGCUUUUCCUUCCACAAUUAAUCUCAGCGUCUGUACAAUCCUUUGACGACGAGAAUGAUUUAUCAGCAACAUGGUGCUUCACCUACCUAUCGACUUACCUGGAGCCUACGACUAUUGCUGCCGCUGCAAGCGCAACUUCGUUGGUUGUCUCACCCAGCACCACAAGCCGUUCCACCGCAAGCGUUACAAGCGGCUUGCUACAAGACACUUCUACGUUCUCCCGCACUAUGUCGACAACCUCUAGCGUCGCUGAGUUGCUCAUACCAUUGAAUUCUGGUCCAAGUACCGUAUCAUUUAUAACAGUAUCGACCCCAGGUUUUGAACCUCUCUUUCCUUCAACGAUUUCUUUAACAUUACCAUCGCCUUCAUUAUCUCCAUCACUCUCAUCAUCCAUGUUGUCUUCGCUGUCUCCAUCGGCCUCAAUAUCGCCCUCGUUAUCGCCCUCGCCGUCAUCGACCACAACCUUCUUAACUCAGACUUCCACAAGGACAGAAUCAACAACUUCCACCUCGGCACGCUUCUCAAACUCUACAAGUGUUGAGACAUCAACAUUCUCGGCGAGCAUUUCCGACACUUCUUCAAGCACCUCGUCGUCGCUCACAACCAGUCUGUCCUCCAGCUCAUCCAUCAUAACUCCAAGCUCGUCAAUUACCACCAGCACAAGUUCUUCGCUCAGCAGCUCAAGCACGUCUGCGGCGCCUUCGUGUACUCCUGGGAGCGAGUUCGCCGCAUACGUCUUUGAUCGACUUUCUGCGCCUUGCCAAGAACUCAUUCGGGUGUUAGCGGAUUCAACCAAAAACCCGCGAAACUUGAACUUGACUUUGCUUACCCAAGGUAGAUCGCCUCUUGGCAGCGGAGUUACUCCGCUUGUCUCAUGGACCAACAACCCAAAUCAGGCGAAUAAUCCCACAGACAUCUAUGGAGUGCGUGGUCCGACAGGCACGACUUGGAGCAAUUCGUGUGAGGUGAUCCAACACCGGGGCUACCUAAAGUUCAAUCAGGCAGGGACCUUUACCAUCACUAUUGAUGUACCUGAUGAUUAUGGUUUUGUUUGGCUUGGAGGAUCAGCAUCAUCGACUGCGCCCCCCUUUUCGGCGAGUGGCAGUCAGCUUGUCGGAGACGGCUUCCUGCGGCAGAGCAUAAGAAACUAUGACCUCGUUAUAGCUAACACCCAAACAUAUGUGCCUUUUCGGGCAUGGUUUGCCAACGCUGGCGGUCCCGGUCACUUCAAUAUGCCACUGCCGGCAGGUGUGGAAUUCGUGGCGACUUGUCCAGAUAAGUCUGCUACUCCCGUUUUCCCUCUAUGGGCGGCAGAGAGGUGGAGUCUGUGA